UACUGCUGGUUGUUACAUAAGCACAAGGAAAAAAAUUCAAAGAGCAUGGCGCUUGAAGAAGUCAACUCCCAGACGGAAUUUGAUAAAAUCUUGGGCAAUUCUUCAAGUGCUCUUACUGUGGUACAUUUCCAUGCACCAUGGGCUCCUCAAUGCAAACAGAUGAAUGAGGUGAUGACAGAGUUGGCAAAGGAGAACUCACAUGUCAAAUUUGUGAAGCUUGAGGCUGAGAAUCUACCAGAAGUCUCCAUUAAAUAUGAAAUAAGUGCAGUUCCAACAUUUCUCCUUUUCAAGAACCAAAAGGUUGUGGACCGGCUGGAUGGAGCAAAUGCUCCAGCCUUAACCAAGAAGGUUCAACAUCAUGCAAGUAUUAUCACCACAACUGUUGCUGCAGCAGAAAAAGAACAGGACACAAAAGAGGAUUUAAAUACCAGAUUAAAAAACAUUAUAAAUGGAGCGCCAUGUGUUCUAUUCAUGAAAGGAUCACCCCAGGAGCCUCGCUGUGGGUUUAGUCGGCAAAUGAUAGAAUUGUUAAAUUCACAUGAGGCAGAUUACAGUCACUUCGAUAUCCUUACUGACAAUGAAGUUAGACAAGGUCUGAAAGUGUACUCAAAUUGGCCCACAUACCCACAGUUAUAUGUUGAUGGUGAAUUGAUUGGCGGCCUGGACAUUGUGAAGGAAUUGGCAGCAAGUGGGGAACUCACAUCUACAUUACCAACAAAAGAAGAUCUUAAUAAAAGGUUACAGUCUCUCAUCUCAGCUGCUCCCGUGAUGGUUUUCAUGAAAGGAAAUCCUGAGGGUCCAAGGUGUGGUUUCAGCAGGAAAUUGUGUGAAAUCUUGAAAAAGUAUCCCAGUGUCCCAUUUGAGACUUUUGAUAUAUUGGAAGAUCAAGAGGUUCGCCAGGGUCUCAAGACAUAUUCUAACUGGCCAACUUAUCCACAAGUAUAUGUGAAGGGAGAACUAAUUGGCGGAUUAGACAUCAUCACGGAACUUGAUCAGGAUGGAGAGUUGGAAAGCACCUUGACUGGCUGAUUUCAGAAAAACACAGAAGCAUCAUCAAAGAUUUAAGGACAAACACUUGAACUAUCAGUCCUAUUAUUUUUCAAAGUUGACUUGUUAGAAACUCAAUAAAAGGAAAUUCAUAACUUAGAACAAUGCAGUGUCAAAAAUCUGAAACAUCCAUACAUUUUCUUCUUCUUUAGACUAGCAGACUUACAUGUCUGAAAUAAAAACACGUUACAGAUCUCA